UUCGCGCCACCCAUCAACGACCUACACCGCUCUGAGUAGUCUUCCAGCAUCUUGCCCGCUUGAUGCAUAAGCUUUGUCAGCUUCGGCUUCCAUAUCUGGGACACGAUGUCAUUUCCACCUGCAGCUAGCAGGUCGAUGCUUCGCGCCGGAGGCGUGCUUCGAUCGCAAGUGAGAGCAUUGAAUUCCUCCUCUUCUGCAAGACAAGCCUCUCCAGCGCCACUUCCCUCGGAUGAAGGCAGCUCCCAGCAAAGUAGCAGAUCUUGGACGCCCGCUCUUGCCAGCGGCGUAGAAGCGGCGUACGACGAGGCGCUCAAGUACAUAUACGCCAAUCAGGCGCAACUUCGAGACGAGGUCAAGAAUCUUCGGGGCAGACUUGAAGGGCUUGCAAAGGGCAGCGAAGAGGAAGCAAGUAGACUGAAAGAGAGGAUAUUGAGCGUGGAAAUCGCGAGUGAAGUCAAUGAUCCUGCUGUCAGGGCUGAAUUCGACAGUGGCAAAGCCGACUUGACUCGACCGGUGCAUCUCCAUCUGCAUCAGCUAUGGUGGCAUCGAAGAAUACUCCCGCGUCUGCUCGAGAGGGUCAAGCUGCAGUACGUGGUGCCAGACGUGAUCGAGAGCUUGACACCUCGGGUCGAUCUGCGUCUUUCUUUUGGAUCUGGGACUGGUUACACGGAUCACUCUUCCGAUGGAGGCGAAGUAGGAACUGGUGUUUGGGUACCUGCGCGUGACUCGUUGCAAGCACCUCACGUCACGGCGGUGCCUUUCCAUUCUGAAGAGCGACUUUACACGGCAAUCCUGAUCGAUGCUGAUGUACCCAAUGAGGAAUCAGGCAGGCUGGAGAGUUGGUGUCAUUGGUUGGUGCGAGAUGUUCCGCUCUCUAGCGGCCGAACUACGUUUGAUCCUCGAGCGGGGCACACUGCCAUCCCAUACGUCGCGCCACACCCAUGCAACGGAGGACCUCCACGUCGUACCGCUCUCGUCUUGAUCGACCAGACCGGCGCCCAAGGGUCCGCUUCCGAGAGCGCUAGCGUACAGCGAGAGGCGUUCUCGAUCCCUCAGUACCUGGCUUCGAGAGGAUUGAACGCUACAGAUGUGGUCGCUGCUCAAUUUUGGAGAACAAAGUGGACAGAAGAGGAUGCGGAAGCUAUCAGUAGUGUUUGGGCUCAACGAGGCAUCGCCGAACCAAGGUACGGCAGAGAGCCGAGACGCAACAUGUUCAGAGAUCCGGAGACGGGUAGACUACCUAGCAGAUACUUCAGGAGCCUUCCGACGGAUGCUGCCGCUUUGUCUGCCAGCGAAUGAGCGGGUGUAUGCUGAGGAAGGAGAUCGAGGAUGGAGACGGGGGGUAGAAAAGCCUCUUUGCUGCACAUUCAGCGGAUCUGGCUUGCAGCAUGCUGCGAGGCACUAGGCAAUAAUGAUAGACGGACUAGAUUUCUGCUUCGUCCCUUCUGACUGUGUUUGU